GCAUUUUCUCUCGUUAUUGCUAUCAUAUUUAUCUCAUUUUUGACACGAAUGAUGUCGCAGGUGAUUAUAAAUUAGCGUUAAUUUUGUCAGCGUUAAAAUCCGCUCUGGCAUCUCGCUACUGUGUCUACUGAGAUGCGCGUAAUGUUUUUCAAUGUCGCAACCUUCCGGUGGAGAGCGACUGUCACGACUAUAUACCGUUGCAGCUGUAUAUUUGAUGCCCUUCAGUCAGCUCAAUUGAACCUCAUACUAUAGAGCGCCGGCUGAAGACUGCUGACUAGAAGAAGGAGCCACAGAGAUAACCAGCCAUGACCGAAUACUACCAGAUCUUAGGGGUCCAGAGAAACGCGUCGGCGGAGGACAUUAAAAAAGCGUACAGAAAGCUAGCACUCAAGUGGCAUCCAGACAAGAACCCUGAAAACCAGGAGGACGCAGAGAGAAGGUUCAAAGAGAUUUCAGAAGCCUAUGAGGUCCUGUCAGACGCAAACAAGAGGAACCUCUAUGACCAAUAUGGUAAAGAAGGCCUAACAGGAAGCGGAGGGGGAGGAGGAGGGCAUUAUCACAACGCUGAUCACUUCGGUGGUGGGUUCACAUUCCGUAAUCCGGAGGACGUCUUCAGGGAAUUCUUCGGGGGGCGAGAUCCAUUUGCAGAUUUCUUCGCGGACGAUAACUUCUUCGGCGGGGGUCAAAGGCAGCGGGGGGUGAGCCAGAGCAGGACCGGGGGACACUUCUUCCACGGGUUCGGGGGCUUCCCCCCCUUCGGGGUAGGCUUCCCGCUGUUCGAUUCAGGUGGGCCUCCCCUGCAGCACGGUUUCACUUCCCUGGGACAUAUGGGUGGAGGGGGCUUUGCCUCAUUCUCCUCUUCAUCUUUCGGGGGCAGCGGAGGAGGAGGAGGGGGGAUGGGCAACUUCCGCUCAGUGUCCACUUCCACCAAGUUCAUCAACGGCAGAAGAAUCACCACAAAACGGAUUGUGGAGAAUGGCCAGGAGAGGGUGGAGGUGGAGGAGGACGGUCAGUUAAAGUCUCUAACCGUCAACGGUCUGGAAGAUGACGACCGGCGACAGAACGCUUUCCCUGGUCUCCCCUCCCACCAAUGCUACCUGAGGAACGCCUCACAGAACUCUCUGGAGGAAGACGACGAGCGCGGCCUACAGAGCUUGGGACUCGCCAGAGGACACAUGGACACUAAGAGGAAGGAAUAUCCUUGGAGGCAGGAGGCAGAGCUCAAAAAGAAGAGAACAUCUCAAUUGGCUCCUCGAAUUGGUGCCUGGUUCUAAAGCACCGCCCUGGAUCUGCCCUUCCCUGUACGUAUCACCCGGAGGGGAAGAGCAUCAGUAGAUGUGGCAUUAACAUGACUCCGCUGCAGAGUUACCAAAAUCAGGUAACUUUCCCAAAAUACCCAGGUUUUCCAUAAAUCCCAGUUGAAAGAUUCCUGGAAUCAAGAGGGACUGAGAAGGAAACCCGGAAGCCUCCAACAAGGAUUUCUGGAAAAAGUUACCAGAAUUUUGCAAACCUACUUGAUCAUGCCAGCCUACCACCACUCUCACCAGCCCACCACUGUGCCAGGUCUCCCCUUGUCUAUCAACUCCUCAGCGCAAGCAGCAAAUCUCAGUAGUUAUCUUUUAUGCAAGACAUUAGACUUUCUCAAGGUCUGUUUUCACGGCUCCUCUGUUAUCUCCUCAUGGCUCCUCUGCAGUUUAUUUAUGGUUUUUUUCCCCAGAUGUCAGUAGAGCCGAGCCGUUCUGUUCUUCAUUAUUUUGCAUUCAUCACAAAUAGAUGGUAGACCAGGAGGACCUUAGCAUGAGCAUGCGCACGUGCUGUCAUAAGUGGUCUCCUCUGAAUGGCAUGCUCAAUAUUUCAUCAAACGUACAUUCAGAAAUGUUUCUAGUUUGUUUUUAAAAGUCAGAGUAAAUGUAAUGGGUGUGAAUGGUCUGGAAGGGCCUGUAACAGUAGUGUAAGGGAUGAUGUCAGAGACCCUGAUGGCCAUUCAGAUAUAGGUGGGUCUUUAAACCUUAAAGGGAUAGUUCAUACAAAUGAUUUAAGUAAUUUGGGUGAACUGUCCCUUUAAAGAGCAAUAUGAGGUAAGAGAGAAAAGUGUCCAGA